UACCGACCAGUUGAAGUUCCUAUCCGGGCCUUUAUUCUGGUUGCACACUGAAACAUGGCGGCCAACAUAGAACAAAUUUUCCAGGAUUUUAUCCUGAAAAAGAUCCGGGAGAUAGAGGAGCAGAAGGAGGAGAGAGAGAGUGAGGCCGCAGGACCGGACUGUGAAGCUAAACUUCAUGAUGCAGCGAAGAAAAGUCUUCAGAGAAACCAGGAUCAGGGUCCCAGUGAGUCCCAAAGGAGACAGAAGAAGCACAAAAAACACAAGAGCAAGAAGAAGAGGAACCAUGAGAAGGAGAGCAGUUCUGAGUCAGGUGCAGAGAUGGAGGGAAAGAUGAAACAUCAGCCAAGAAAAGGGACACCAGCUUCAGAGAUGAAGGAGCAAGGUGAAGAUCAUGGCAGGAAGUCCAGGUCCCACAGAGAGCACUCAUCCGGAAAGAAGAAGAAGAAAAAAAAGAAGAAGAAGAGAAGGAGAAGUGAAGAGAACACGUCAAAUUCGGAUUCAGAAAUCGUGUCGAAGCAGAAGGUUACUGAACGUCUGCGACCACGACAGGAGCAGCUUCCGGAUAUCAUCCCGAAACAGGACAGUUCCAAUAAAGGACAUGGAUAUGAAAAGAGAAUUGGGAGCAGGAGUCCGUGUUCACCGUCACAUUCCAAUUCUGAGUCCCCUUCCUGCCCAGUGAAGAGUAACCCCCCCUCAUCGUUGGGACAUCACUGCCAAAGAUCACAGACUCGGUCACCAUCCCCUUCACGGUGCGAUCGGACUGAAACCAGCCCGACUGAGAAGAGAGGAAAUUUAUACGAAUCCGUGCAGGUCACUCAGUGCCCGUCAGAGAGGCUUCAGUCACCAGUGAACAUCCUCAGUUGUACCCAGAGAUCCCUGCAGGCAGAAGAGACAAUUGAGUCAAGAAUAGCAGAACCACCAGAGAAUCAGAACAAAACUGAGAAACAAGGUUUUGGCUCAUCGGCACACAAGCAGCCCAUUCCUUCAGAACCUGAACAGAUCCAGAAGCCUAACGUCCUUCAGCAUAAGGCAUCGGAAAAGCCCAGGUCCCAUGAAAAAUCACCAGCCAGGAGGAAAAGAAAACAGUCCAGGUCCCCACAAAAAGACAAAGACAGAAAGUCAUCAAAAAAGCAGAAAAGAUCCAAGUCCCCCCAUAGGAGCUAUAGGAGAAGAUCCAGAUCCAGGAGCCGCUCAGUGAGGAAGAGAUCACGGUCCAGGUCGGCCCACCGGCGCGCCCGGAGGUCCCGCUCCCGGUCAGCAUCACGCAGCCGGAGGAGGCCAGCCUACAACCAGAGGGACCGCUGGAAACGCGAGCCGAGCCACUCACCUGUGCUCAUCUUGCGCAAAAAAAGAUCCCCCUCAAGAAAGGACAGGAGCAGGAGUACUAGCCCAAAACGCAUCAGUGAACUGGAUAAGGACCAGCUGCUGGAAAUAGCCAAGGCCAAUGCUGCUGCCAUGUGUGUGAAAGCUGGUAUGCCCAUCCCUGCCAGCCUUCGGUCUGCAAUGCUUCCUCUGGCCCUGCCGAGCAUGGCCAUGAAUGCAGCAAUGGCCAGUAUGACUGCUGCGUCUGUGACUGCAGCUCUGUCUAACAUGGGCACUCUGUCUUCACUGCUCCCACUGCCCUCCAUCAGUAACAAGCCACCUAUUCUCCUCGGCCAAUCCAACACAGCCGCUCUGGAAGAAGUGAAGAAGAAAGUCGCAAAGCAGGCCAACAGUAUUAGCAUUAAGGAGUUCACUGAUAAAUGCAAGAUGAUUGCAGACAGCACUGGAGAGCUGCCGGUGGCACUACCUCAUGUUUCAGACGAAGAAGAUGAUGGUAAACUGUUUGGAGGAUCUACCAUUCGAGAGCAAAAAGCCAUCAACUUCAACAUUAAUAGCACAAGCGCUCGUCCAUCAGUGCGUAGUGAUGCAGACAUGGCCAAAGAGUUUCCUGUGUCAUCUGGAUCACAACAUCGUAAGAAGGAGGGAGAGGGAGUGGUUGCCUACGGAGAGUGGGUUCCAGUUGAGAAAACAGCUGACAAAGCUACAGUUACAGCCAAGAAGGCUGUGUCAAAUGUUCCCUCGGCGACAUCCACCAUACCAUCGGGUGAGACGGCGUUAGAACCAGGCUUACCAGACGUCAUCGAGCAGCAGCCGGCACCUGUAGCUGACAGCGACAGUGUUUUUCCUGAAACACAGCAGCAGCCCGUGGAUAUCUCCCAAGCUGUGACAGAGAGAAUCAAAGCUCAGAGGCGAUUGGCUGAGAACCCCUAUGACAUCAGCGCCAUUUGUAUGCUCAGCCGUGCACAAGAGCAGGUGGAUGCAUGGGCUCAGUCCAGUAACGUUCCAGGUCUCUUCACUGGUUCUACUGGAGCUCAGGUUCUCAGCUCAGAGGAGCUGUCCAACAGCGGGCCACAAGCAUGGCUGAAGAAGGACCAGUUCCUCAGGGCAGCUCCAGUGUCAGGUGGCGUUGGGGAGUUCCUCAUGAGAAAGAUGGGCUGGAGAACAGGAGAGGGCCUAGGGAGGAACCGUGAGGGGACAGUGGAACCAAUCGUCAUUGACUUCAAAGUGGACAGAAAAGGUCUUGUUGCUGAGGGAGAAAAGCCACAGAAGCAAACAGGAGGACUUGUUGUAACCAAGGACCUAAUGGGGAAGCACCCGGUUUCUGCUCUCAUUGAGCUGUGCAACAAGAAACGGAUCAUGCAGCCAGACUUUGUCAUGGUUCACCACAGCGGUCCAGAUCAUCGCAAGAGUUUCCUUUUCAAGGUCACUGUGAAUGGUGUGGACUACCAGCCUCAGACAGCUAGUCCCAAUAAGAAACAUGCCAAGGCCAUGGCAGCCACUGUCGCCCUGCAGGCUCUCGGAGAGGUCCCUGUCGAUGGCCCUGGACUCUACACUGGCCCAGUCUUCACUGCUGCUUCUACUGGCCCUCUUUUCUCCACGUAGACAUUUAUGCAGGGCUUUUAUUUUCCUCCUGCAAACGCUUAACCUUGUGACAGUCAGGAAAGGUACAGAAUGUUUUCCAGAGAGAACAGCUUGCUGCUUUUGUUCAAGAUGUUUCACUGACAUGGCAGACUGGUACACAAUGAACUGAGCCAGUCAGUAAGUCCAGUUGUGGUGUUUCCUUCCGUUACCUAACCAGUCCAAUAUUUUUCACUGUUGUAGAGAACAAAUACUCAGCUUCCCAACAUGCCCGGUGCUUUGGAUUUUUAGACAUUUCAUGGAGAUUGUAUAAAGUAUGCAUGUACUGUAUAUUUGUAAUGUAAAUAUGUAUAAUGAGUGUAAUGUAUAGUAACUGUUUUAAUCUUUUAUGAGUCAAAUCUAAGUGAAGACCUUUAGCUGUAAAUGACAGGGCUUGGUUCUGUUUGUCCUGAUGUUGUGGUUUUCCUUCUUACUAAAUGUUUACCAUACAAGGCUUUUCAAGUUGGAUUAAAGCCUUCUAACAUAUGCAAACAGAAAUAAAGAAUCUAUUUAUGUAACACGGUUAAAUAACCUA